GGAGUUCGUUCAUUUUGUUCUCUCGUUUAGUCUCCGUAGUUGAUCAGCUGAUGAACGCUUUUAAAAAAAUAGGUUAAAAACAAAAUCCAAUACAAAAGUAUAGUAAAAAAUAGGAAUGUGAUCAUGAAUUUUUUAAAUGCAAACAGUUUUUUUGAUAUGUGUAUAUCUGAGGCUUGUUUUUCUCAAGGAAAUGUAGAAGAAACUUUAAAAAUGUUGUAUAAUUAUGGAUAUAGAACUAUUGCUAUUAAUUAUUUAGUAGAUGAUGGAAAUAUUGAACAUAAAAAAAAGAAAAAAAAAGGAGAUUCUCGAAGCACUUUUGAUCUGGUGCCUGUUCCUUACAUUACAGAAAAAGUUAAAGACUGGGUAUCUAAAUUAAAAUUGGAAAAUUUCGAGGUUUUAAAUAGAUUAACUAUAGCAUUUUCCAAUCAAGAAUUACUACAUAAAAUCGGAUUUCGGAAACGGUAAGAGAAGAUACAAGUAG